CAGACACCAUCCCCAACCCCCCCAUGUGUAUAUAUUUUUUUAAUACUUUGUGAGGAAAACUGUCAACCAUAUCCAAAGUGCAGGACCAAAGAGAAGUAAAUAAUGUAUGCUUUUGUUAGAUUCUUUGAAGACGAUAUGUGCUACGCGUUACCCAUUUCAAAUGUCGAAGAUUUCAGACCUCAGCACAAAACAGAUUUUGAUAAUCAGAAGGUGUAUCUGGUUCACAGAACUGAAGAGAAUGGCAGCGCAGGCCAGCCGUGCGAAGCACAGAUCCUUGCCCUUGCAGAUACAAUAGAAGAAUUUGAAGACAGUAUAACACAAAAGAAGAUGAAAAUUCCCAAGAUGUCCAUCAAGAAUUCAGGAAACUCUAUUGAGAACAGUUUUGGAGAAGAGAGAAUGCCACUCAGGCAUAAAAAGGCUCUGUCUCAGGACCAUGGGCGCCCCCUUUCAAACUCCUCCAAAAGCCUGGCGGCAGUAGUAGCUCGCUUAGAGAGAAAUGCAGCCAGCUCUUGUUUGGAGGGCGAGGAGGACCUGGAUGAGGACCGACUGGCUGAAGAAGGAGAGGAUGCAGAUGACGAAGAUGAAGAUAUGGAGUCAGAGCAUCAGCAACACCAUCAUCACCAGCAGCAACAACAGCAUUUGGAGGUGGACACAGAUUGUGUGUCUGAGGUAGCUGCAGCUGUGGUUCCCAGAGUCCUGUACGAGGAGCUGGUUCACAGCUACAGGCAACAGGAAGAGGAGAUGAGGAGGCUGCAGCAGGAGCUGGAGAGGACCCGCAGGCAGCUGGUGCAGCAGGCAAAGAAGCUGAAGGAGUAUGGCAGCUUGCUAACGGAAGUCAAAGAACUGAGGGACUUCAACAGGAGACUGCAAGAUGUACUUCUCAUGAGAUUGGGCAGUGAGCCUAUGCAUGACAAUGGCACUCAGACAAUCAAGGCUGAAGUGGUUGAACCUAUUGUUGAGGCCCCGGAGACGUGCAGAGAAGAAGCCAACACCAGUUCCAGCUACUCCCCUUCACCCAGAACAGUAUACACCUGCAACGAUGGGAAGGUACACCUCGGAGGUGGGAUCUGGGUGGAGGAAGAGAAGUGGCACCAGCUGCAGCGAACCCAGGGAGACUCCAAAUUCACAAAGAACCUAGCUGUGAUGAUCUGGGGCACAGAAACCCUCAAAAACCGCAGUGUCACUGGAGUGGCCACUAAAAAGAAGAAAGAUGCCCUGCCUAAACCUCCUCUCUCACCUAGCAAGUUGAAAAUUGUCAGAGAGUGUCUGUACGACAGAGUGUCUCAAGAGACCGCUGACAGUGCAGAGAUCACGCAGAGAUUGUCCAAAGUGAACAAAUACAUUUGUGAAAAGAUAAUGGACAUCAACAAGUCCAUCAAGAAUGAGGAGCGGCGGGAGUCAAAGCUGCUCAUCAGACAGACAGUCAAGAUGGAGAACUUCACCUACGAUGGCAUAUAGUGAUCAACUGUCACGCCAGCGCCUUCUUCCCCCCCCAUGUGGUCUGCAGGAUAUCGAGGGGACUUAAAAGUGGGUGGAUGGGGGAUGCUGUCACCGUUUCAGGAGCAGUCAUAUUUCUGUUAAAACAUUGGAUUGGUUCGGAUGUGAAAUGUAAAAACAAGCAGGCUUUUUUCCCACCCUCCCUUAUAGAAUGAACAUCACCUCGUUCAGUGCCCAGCUUUCUAAUUGGCUUACAGACAGCUUUACCCACCAGUUAGAAUUGAACCCAUGUGAACUAGUCUGAUAUGAGCUGGUAUGAGUGUUUUUAUAAGCUUUGCAGUGGCAUUGGUACAGAGAUAGGGUUUAUGAGAUGUGUGCAUAUGUGUCAAAAGAGAAACUUGAUGUGAUUGUUGAUUAAUUUAUUGUUCUGUGUCAGAACAUCAUUUUAAGUCCUUGAGCUUUUAAAAAGUAAGAGGUUAUUUCCCUUGAUAAAAUCUUCUGAUGCUAUAAUGAUGAUGAUGCUAGUUUGCGUUAGAUCUUCGACGUGUGAACGGUUUACACUUUUGGUCACCGCCCAAUAACUGCUGGGGAUUUGUUGUUGGUACUUACUGCAUAUAAUGGGACAUCAGUGUCUCAGAUGCACAAGUCUUAAUUAGUAACAGCCAUAUGUCGUUCUGCAGCGGAGAUUCUGUUGUUCUAGGAGAUUAAUUAUGCCUGUGUGUCCUCCCCUUAACUGUAGGUCAAUCACAACACAUCACUUUAUUAAAACGAGGGCUUACGAAGAUUUAAUGGGAAGUAUGACUCUGAUGUUGAGUCCAUAGAGUGCUAUAUUUAUUAUGAUUUUUUUUAUGUUGACCUUUUAGUUUUGAAUAUUUGCUAUCAACGAGAGAGCACAAGAAAGGCUUUGAUGGGAUAUUCCUGUGUUACUCUUAAUCAAACAUGUCACUUUCAGAAAACUUGAGCGUUGAGUUGUGGCGGUACAGGCAUGCCGAUGCCUAGAAAGGCCUUAAAUAGAUUUGGCAAUCACCAGGGGCUGGUAUAUACACCCCUGGUUUUUCUAGUAAGCUGUGAUUGUAAAUGUAUAGUAAGCUGAAGUGAUGAAGCUUCACCUGCACUUUGCUGUGAGAAUGUAAGAGGUGGCCAGGUACUAUUUUCUGAGUGGUUCACACCAUUACGUUGAGCUGAGCCGGACUACUGCCGGCGUGAAAAUCAGGGGACAGCUCUGCACGGUUUAGGUCAUCUUCUUGUGGAAGCAGUGUUAGCUGUGGGUAAAGCUGUCUGGAACAUUAUUUUGCUGUUGUAGUUGUCUGGCCCUGCUGAACCCCGUAAUAACCCCCUCUUGUCGAAGCCACACCACUGGGGAACAAAAUAAGGUUGCUCCAGUGACAAUUUCCUCUGAGCUAUGCCAUCAGAACUUUAAAAAUUUCCUCUUUUUCUUGUAUAUGUUUCCCCCCUCUCCUGUUGUUAUUUUUGUUUUGAUCCAAAAUGGUUUGUGUGGCUUUCUGCGGGCUGGAACUAAAUGCUGAAGAUUGAAAUCUCAACUGUGACCUAGCUGUGGCUAACUGUGAAUCUGCUCCAGAGCUGCCCAUCAAGCCUUUCUCCUCGUCACACUCUAGAUUCUCAUUUAUCUGUCGGUUUAUUUCUCUCUAUCAUUUUUUGUCUGUCUUGGUUUUUGUUGUUUCAAAAGUUCAGAUCAGCCUUUUCUUAAGCUACUUUAUGUUUUGGAAAUAUUUUAGUGUACAUAAACAUCUUCUUAUUUUUUAUUUCCACCAAACAUGGAUAUUUCAUUUUGUAGUCAUGUUAUCAUGUCGAGCUUCUGGUUAAGUUUUGCUAAUUGAUGUCGUAAUUCCAUAUUACCUGUCAAUUUCUUGUGUUUCUUCACAUAUAUAUAUUUUAUUAUUACUGUUUUUUUUCAUAUGAAUUGUUGGCUUUAAGCUUGAUGUUGUUUCCAAAUGUAGAUCAGUGGGGUCUGCAAACUGAUAAAAUUAAGAUCCCCCGUCCCCCCUCCCCCCUCCUUUUAGCCAAAGUGAUACCUAAAGAACACGUGAGAUAAGACUUCCCUUAACAUCUGACUUUGAGUUUAUUCUCACAGCAUAGGAUAAUUGAUAAACCUCACUUAAGCUCUACCUAUUGAUCUGCCAUAGUUAGGUAAAAAAUGUUAAACCAUUGCACUCUAACAGUUGAGAUGCAGUAUUUAGAUCAACUUAAAUCAUUUACAUCGAAUGCACUUUAAACUUCUGGGCAAUUUCUUUAAUCUUAAAGGUGGUAUUUGUCCUUUUUUAUGUUUUUUUUUUUUUUUUAGAUUAAAGCCUAACAAUCAUUGUAUUAUUAUCAUGAAGCACCUUAGACGAUUUUGGUUUAUUGUUUGUUAUGGCAAGAAUGAUUUCAUGGACUAUAGUUGAGUCUUAUCAGUCAGAUAUGCCCCUGAUAUGCCAGUGCUCCAACAACAAGCUUGAUCAGACUUAAUACUGUAAAAUAAAAGUAAAAAAAAAAAAAAAAAAUAUACUUAUUUGCAGUGUUUAGAAAACCAGAUUUCCAUAAGUUAAAUUAUGGUCCAACUGGAAUCUACAACUUCUUUAUGGCUCUUCACUAUUUUAAAGACUUUUACCAAGGAAAUGUGCAAGCUGACUGGAAUAUGUGCUUUAACUUAAUGUGUCACAAUGCUGGUAUGUGUAAAGAUGACUUGUAUAAGCAUAAUUGUGAUUUUUUUUACAAAUGAGUGGUAAUUGUAAGCCAAAGUAUUGAUUGCUAAGAUCAAGCUAAAGAAGCGGGAUGCUGACUGAGGAAUCAGCAGGGUUUGCACAAAAACAAAAAAAAAAGAAAAGAAAAAAGGCCCAUGCCAUGGUAAUGGAGUCUAGUGAAUCUUAAAUCACCUGAAUGGGUGACAUGUUAUUGAUAUCAUUUCGGGUGGUUCCCUAAAGAUCCCCUUUUCAGUGUCUUUUUAGCGUUUUUUUUUUUUUUUUUUUUCUCCUUGUACAAAGCAACAUGUGAGGUUUACGUGCGCUAGGGUGUGUUGAAAAUAACUGCAGUUCAAAGGAAAGAAAAGAUUUCUGCUGUGCAAAUUCUGAAAUUCUGACACAUUGUCGUGUAUUGUGUUUGUGUUUGUUUCUUUGUUGUUUGAUGCCAAAAGGGGUGUGGUUAAAAUAAUGCUUAAAGAAAGACUAUUAAUAGAGCUCUUAUGUCAUCUGAAAUGUUAACUUGUUUUCAAAGGCUGGUUUCCUGGAGUACGAUUAAGCCUAAUCCUUCAACUAAAACCAUCUUCAGUGGAUGAAAGCUGUAUGGAAGUACUGUAUGUUUUUAAACCAGAUUUGGCUUAAUCUGUGAUGGCAAGGCCACACUCUUAUCAGAUGUACCAAGUCACUUGCAGACGAGCAGUUUGGAUUUUAACAGCAUAUUAGAAGUAGACGCCAUUGCAUAACCUGGCAGAGCCAUUAAUGGAUAUUAUAGGCUAGUUUGGCUUCCAGUACUCUCACUGUCACACUUAAGUAGCGAUAGGCUGGAAGCAUCACCUCUCUGGCUCUGCCAUCCUCUUCCUAUGCCACCUCUAGUUCUUUACUCUCCUCACAUUUACAUGGACUAGAUUUAGAAACGCACAUGUAUCAAGAUAAUAGCAAUCCUCCUCGCUUGGUGUUUUGGCUUAUGUUGUGAACACCUGUCAAAGCUUCAGAAGUGAAGGAGCUUUUCGCUGCUUUUUUUUUUUUUUUUUUGACAGUUUGAUUGGGAAAAAGAGAUCCAUUUUUAGCUUCACUUUGUGGAACAAAAUAACUGGCGCCAUCUCUUCAGAGUUCAAGCUACAUGUGCACACGACACAUUACUGUUUGAGCCGCAGAUACAAUGUCAAACUUAACUUCACAAUGAGGAAAACGGGAGGAACAUAUUGUCAGGCCUAUAUUUUUAUUACAGGUAUCAGAAACUUUGUAUACAAUCCACAAACCGGUUCUACUUCAUCUAACUUCACCGUCCUACCUCAUUGUUACUCUGGUGUUUGUUUGUCAGUGACUGUAAACUAUGUGUGUAUAUUAAAAAAGAAAAAAAAACAAUCUAUAGGAAAAGGUAUACCUGGUUACUCUCAACAUGUACAGCAUAUAAAACUUGUAAAACACCUCAGUACACAAAUAUCAUUCUUAGGAGAAAUCAGUUUUAUUACCUGCUUAAAGAUGCUGCUGUAAAGGGGUGUCUGUGUGAGGGGUCGUCUCUGAAUAUAUAUCUUCGCUCUUUGCUAUGUUGUGCAGUUGAUCGGUGGUUGUGUUCUGUCUGUAUUGCAUUCUGAGAUUUUUACUGGUUGACGGUGCUACCAGCAAACAGUUCAAAAACUGAUCUAUCGGACCUCAAAUGGUGCUGUUUUUCUAUGUUUCUAUCGUCAUACAGCUGUGUUUUAUUCAGGUGUGUCAACCGCCACUAUCCCCUCAGCUAAUCAAAUUCUAAGCCAAAAUGUCGCGCUAAACCGGUAACCCUGCUAUUACUGUAUCAACUAUAUGCUAUCCAUCCAAAUAUUGUAGAUAGUGAUUAUAUCCUCAGCUGUGAGUUUCAGAAGUACCUCAGACGUUGCUGGUUUUAAAUGGAUGCAUCUGCUUCUAGCACCUGUUGUCUAUCAAUUUACAUUGUUGCAGUGUAUUUUCAGAAAUAUGCAUUUUUACUAGUUAGUUCAGGUUACAUAUAGAUAGUACAUGAUCAUUAGCUCUCACUCAGAUGAAAUUUAAUGGUUACCACUGUCGGACUGGUUGCAUGCCGGAUUGUCGUAUGGGAGAUUUGGACUUGGCAGUGUUGCGUUACAGUAGAUGAGGUCCUCAGCCAAAACAUGUUCCAUUUGAGUCCAGCCUGUUUUUGUAGGAUAAGAAAUCCAUUGGUAGUCCUUGUUUAAGGUGGAGUUACAUGUAUUAGAAGUGAUUCUGUUAAUGUGCAAAAAUGGGGAGAUCUUCAAGGAGCGUCCAUUGUGAACUUGGUCAAGUUACCACUUAAAUCAGUUGUAUCUCUUUGUCCCUCACUGUUAUUUAAAUGAUUCAAGUAUCACUGUUAAAAUGAAUUUAGUGUAGCAAAUUGUACAUGAUUGACUUACUGUGAGCUUGGCUUAAUCAUACAAAAAGUGCAUUAUAUUUUCUUUUACCCAAUGGAAUCUUGUGCGCCAAAGUGAACGUCUGUUUUUAUUUUUGUUUCUUUGGGGGGGGGGGGCUACCUUGUAGUAUGUAUGUAUGUAUGUAUUUUUACUUCCAAUAAUGCUUGUGAAUAUGAAACGUGUUGGCGCCUCUCUACUGUGAGUCGUGUGUGUUCAGGUACACAGCAGUUGGUUUCAUGGAAGCACUUAAGCCAUUUGUUGGACUGUUUUUUGUAACGGUUCGACUGUAAGCUUUGCUCUGGUCCAGGGAAUUGACCCAGACAGUUGUGUGUGUAAUUGAAUUCCUAUGCAGGUGUUGAGUUACUAACCUGGUUCCACAUCACUGUUGGUUGAAGGGCCAACCACAGAGAUAGAUAACGGGAGAGAGUUGAAUGUGUCUGCACAGCCUUGAGUUUCAGUCAAAGGGGACAAUGGCGACAUGACAAAUCCAUACAGAACUAUUACUACACUCUUAUUAAUUGAGUUAAACUGAGCUAUACAGGGCUGCUUGGGUAUAUACCUGUCUGUACUAGUUGUAAAUGCAUUGCAAUGAUCAUUAGGGAAAGACAGGGUUAUUAUUAUAUGGAGUAUUUCCAGCUGAUGAUAAUGUGAAAAGAGUAUUUCAGUAAACACUCCCUCACCCUUCUUGAGCCUUCCAAAGGCAACCCUACAUUUACAGAAAAUGUUCUAAGUAUAUGCGAUAGAGAGUGUACAUGUCUUUGCUAAACCGGCCACACCUCUGCUAUGCGAGCAACUCUUUGACGCUUAGCAUCCUGUUCUGUGUUUUCUCUUGCUGCAUUCAGGAACACCUGUUUAAUGUAUAGAUAAACAGAAAUAAAUUGAGACUUUUAUUCUA